AUGAAGGUGCAGUAUGGAUUACGUCUGGGCUACGCCGGUAUGAUCUCCUCCAUCUCAGAGAGCUAUGUGUACCACAUGUCCCCGCCUCGUCUGGCCACGGAGAGCUCAGAUGAACUCAUUCGUCCUAGGAAGCUGAUCAACCCCGUGCUGGAGUCACCCAGCCAUCGGAAACUACACGGCGAGCUGCUGCUGAGUCACCGGCGAGGGUUGCUGCCCGGGGGGAAGCCAGAGCUGCAGCGAGUCCUGGAGCAGCGGCGGCUUGAACAGGACCGGGAGCAGGAGCGAGCCCGUCGCCCGCCCUCUGACCUGGAGCAGGAGCUACACAAGAGGAAACAGAGGCUGCUAGAGUACGAGCGAGAGGAGAUGAGACUCAGGCUGGACCGGGAGAACAUCCCUGAGUUUGUACGGGUCAAGGAUAACCUGCGGCACAUCCAGGUGGCAGGGAACUAA